GGACGAUUUCUCCAGAAAAUGCUCUUGUAUCGAUUUAUUUCCCUCUGAAGUGCGUGUAAUUACUGAAGUUCCGACUAAAUUAAUGGAAUAUUGUUUUAGUUGUGGAGUGAUAUACUAGCGCAGGAUUCUGUAAAAUGAUCUCUCAUAAAAUUUUUAUCAUUAUUUUCACCAUUUGAUUGUUUACUUUUAAACACAUUUUAGAAUAUUCGUUUUUACAAUCGAUCCAACAACAUCUCAGUGCUUUUUUGGAUUUAAAAGGGGCAUAAAUAUAACCGAGGGUUCAAGUUCAAUAUGAAACAAAGCAUAUUAACUUUCGCGUUCUUCGCAAGAGUUAUGAUCUGGAAAAUUGCUGCCGAAAAUGUUGUUACGAUGGAUGACGAAGAAAAGCCAAUGUGUCGUUCCAAUGCGCAUGUCUGUACGUCACUGAUGAGAUACCCGGAUGGAAGCGAGUUCGACGAAGGGCCGUAUUGUCGGUGCCCCGGAUGUAGUUCCAAGUGGCAAGCAGGCAGUGACCAGUCCCUAUCAUGGCCACAUUACGAAAGAGCGGAUAAAACCAUUCAAUAUAAGUUUUGUACACCUAUUCUUCCAAAACGAGAAUGUGAACCCGGUGACCUUGCUAUUACUAUGGGAACAACUGCUGGUGAGUGGAGUCCUCACAUUAGAGAGGCUCGCUGCGCAUGCCCAGACAACCUGUAUCAACUUCUAGGAUGGUGGCGCCACCCGGCACAGAAACAUCACAGUAACAGAACGGGCCAGUGGAUAUACGAAUACUUCUGUGAAAAGCCCGAGUGUACUGCAGAGAUGUCACCAUGUGCAAAGAUCUACGUUGAUAGGGAGGCAGGCGAAGAGCUAAUUCUGGGCUACAAUUUCAUGUGCGCAUGCCCAAGCGGGUACAAAUGCCCGGAUCGAGAUGUCGAUGAAUCGAACGAAGUGGAAAAGGACUUUAGAGGAACUUAUAUCCCACGUUAUUGCAAAGUGACUCAUAAAUCGUUGAAACGAAACUAGUUGAAUUACACUGCGAUGAAUAGAAUCUUUAUACUCAUUGAAUUGGAAGCAAAAAUUGCGGAUGAAAAAAAAAGAAAAAAAAAACAAUAUGCAGAGCAAGGUUUUGGCCUAACGGUGGCGUCGGAUUGUCAAAUGAACGUUAUAGAUUUGUAAUGAAUAGGUGUAAAUAUACAUCGAGUGGCAUAUCACUGAAAUGAAAAUCAAUAUUGGCAUCUCAAACAUAUGGGAGACAACUUUAUUUGACUCUUAUAAAAUACUCAUUGGGGUAACUUCCCCUGUACAUAACUUUGCAUCAACGACAUUUUAUAUAUGUUUUAACUCGCUGAGUAAGUUAAUGUCAUAUUGUGACUUUAUAACUGGUUAGUCUUAAGUCGUGUACUUAUUAUAUUGCAAAUGUCCACGUUAUAUUGUCUCUUGCACGGAAAUGAAAUGCAUCUCCUUGUAAAUAAUAUACUAGUAGAUUUGAGAGUGUGUCUAAGAAUCUUUAAUUUUUAAUAAUAACCAAUAGCGUUGAGAUCGUAUGUAUGUUUGUUUAAUGUGUAUAAAGAUAUUAAGAUUUUCUGAAAUUGACAGAGAAAUUGUUUGUAUCCUAGUACAAUCCUAUUAAAAUGCAUAAUUAUAAAAUAUGAAAGCAUGAUGUUGGUAAAGUAUAUUCUGUUGGGGUACUUUUUAUUUACAUUUGUAUUAAAAUAUUCAAGAGCGCAAAGUAACACAAACAUUCGGUGUUAAAACAUGUUAGAAAUGACCAGAAGGGUCUACAAUACUAAAGCGUAUAGAUUUUAAAACUUUUAUACAUGUAGUAUAUAUCAUCAAUUAUUAUACCUUACACCAUUUGCGUAUUAGUUUUUAGUCAGUAGAUUAUUUUUGUUUUUGUUUCCAUGCAUGCACAAUAAACAUUUAAAUAUACACCAAAUAAAGCUAUUUUCCUACACAA